UAAAUCCCAAUUUAAACCGGAUCAAUCAAGAUAUGGUAAUCCCCUUCUCCUUCUCCAAAAAUCACAACUCUGUUCCAAGUCUUAUCCUUUCAUCAUCAUCAUCACUUACCUUCUUCACAGAGAGAGAGCUUCAUCAUCAUAUGUAAUGUGAGAUGUCUCUUGAACAAUGCAACAAGAAGCUCUCUCUUUCCUCUCGUCCUCUCUCCCUUCCCUUCACCACAAUUUUCCCUCUCUUUCUCGCCUCCGCUUCAACAAUUUUCCCGCACUUUCCUUCAAACCAAACACUUCAUCAUCAUCUUCAUCAUUCUUCAAAUCCCCAGAUAUACCCUCUCUCUCCUCCACCACAACAACAACAACAACCACCGAAACCCUAGAAUCCUCAAUCCACGAGAAACUCAUUUACCUCGAUUCACUCGGAAUCGAUUUCCUAACCCUAAUCAACCGUCAUCCACCUCUCCUCUCCACCGCUCUCUCCGCCGUUGAAUCAGUCGUCGAUUACAUGACCACUCCACCAAUAAACUUCACUUUACAAGACUUUCGCCGCCUCGUCUCAAUGUGUCCAGAGCUUCUCACUUCACCUUUAACCUCACACACAAUCCCAGUCAUCACUUUCCUCCUCCGUGAAGUCGGCGUUGACUCUAUCUUUGACCUCCGUCAAGCUUUACGACGUCGUCCUCGUCUUCUCGCUUGUAGCGUCGAUCACCAGCUUAGACCAACGCUUUACUUUCUCCAGAGAAUCGGAAUCUUAGAUCCGCAUAAACAUACGUAUCUUCUCUCUUGUAGCGUUGACAAUAAACUCGUACCACGGAUUGAUUACUUCGAGAAGUUAGGAUUCUCGCGGCGGAGCGCCACCGCGAUGUUUAAGAGAUUCCCGCAGCUGUUUAAUUACAGUAUUGCUGAGAAUUAUGAGCCGAAGUUGAAGUAUUUGAUGGUGGAGAUGGGGAGAGAUGUUAGAGAGGUUCUUGAGUUUCCUCAGUAUUUCUCGUUUAGUUUGGAGAAUCGGAUUAAACCGAGACAUGAAGCUUGUGCUGCGAAAGGUGUGAGGUUUCCAUUGCCGGUGAUGUUGAAGACUAAUGAAGCUGGUUUUAGAGAUACAUUGGAGGUAUGUUGUGAUUCUUCUCCGCCAUUGAAGACCUCUCGCCUUGUUACUGUACAAAAAGAUUCUUGAUUUAUAGAGUUUUGUGUGCUAGGAGAACAUGGAAGCAAGUACAUUUUUGUAAUGAAUGAUGAUGAAGAACUCAAUGAAUGAAGAAACCAGCCUCUGCCUACAUUUUGAGACACACACAGGGAUGGUGAGUUAAAUCUUGAUAAGAGAAAGAAUGUUCAUUUACAAUUCACGAUUCCGAUGUAUUUCGGUCUAGUUAUUGUUAGUGAACGAGAAAUCAAGUGUAUGUAAGUCCAGAAACCGUGUAGAGUUGCGAUUUGCAGAGAAUUGUGAUUCUACAAUUGGAGGCAAGAUGAUGAAUGUGUGAACUGAUUAGCGUAACGGUUUAGUUAUUGGUCUUAAGUCUUAACAGGGAGAAUUGGUUCUAGAGCUUUUAGUCCCUUUGAUGGUUCGUGAAAUGCCAGUGGUCUAUGAUCGGAUUCUCUGUUUCCGUUCUCCUUCUUUUUUUGGGCCUUAAAUCCGUUUUUAUUGGGCUUCAACUUGAUAACGACUUUACAUUCUCUCGGCUCAAAUGGGGUACACUCGUAAUGAACAUGAAUGAACUUAAGGUACUACAAUACAACAAUGCCUCACACUCUCUAAGUGAACCAUUUUUCUUGUGACCUGUAAUAAGCUAACGGCGCAGGACAAGAAAAAAGCGGUACGAAAACUUUGCCAAUCUAGGUCUUUACCAAUUUCUAUUUACCCUUUCUAACUAUUUUCUAUCACUCAUUUGUCGUUAAUACUAAUUAAUGACAUCAAUCAUGUGCAAUAUUAUAGUCCUCCAAAUACU